UCUGAGACCAAGGAGAUCAAGGAUGUUCCGCAGACUGUAGAGAAGAAGGAGAAGCCGCCUCUGUGGGAUAGAAUCAAGCAUGAAGUACACCACUAUUGGGAUGGUACCAAGCUUUUGGGUUACGAGGUGAACAUCUCUACAAAGCUCCUGUUCAAGAUGCUCAGGGGCUAUGAAUUGACGAGAAGAGAACAGACACAGCUGUCCAGAACCACUGGUGACUUGUUUAGACUGGUUCCAUUCUCUGCUUUCAUCAUCAUCCCAUUUGCAGAACUGUUACUGCCAAUUGCUUUGAAGCUGUUCCCAAACCUCUUACCUUCGACGUACGAAUCCAAGGAUGAUAAGAAGAAGAAGAAGGCGCAGCUCAUCAAGACAAGAGAUCAAACCUCUUCAUUCUUGAGACAAACCUUCAAAGAGAGUGGUAUCAAGAUACCCAAGUCAACAUCAGAACAGGAUAAAGCAGAAUUUGUGCAGUUCUUCAGAUCGCUGAAUACCCUGGGUGAAAGUCCAAGCAAGGAGCAGGUUAUCAAAAUUGCGAGAUUGUUCAAGAACGACUUGGUGUUGGACAACUUGUCAAGACCACAACUAGUUGCCAUGGCGAAGUAUAUGAACUUGAGACCAUUUGGUUCAGACCAGAUCCUCAGGUAUCAAAUCAGAUAUAGACUGUUGCAAAUUAUUAAGGAUGAUCGUGCAAUUGAUUACGAAGGUGUUUCAUCGUUAUCUGUCAAAGAGCUCCAAUCUGCCUGCUCUUCAAGAGGUAUUAAGACACAGGGGGUUUCUCCGGCCAGAUUGAAAGAUGAUUUGAACAUCUGGUUGGACCUCAGACUCAGACAGAAGAUUCCUUCGACGCUUUUGAUCUUGUCAAGUGUCUACACCUACGGUGAAGCCUCCAAUUUGGAUAGUUAUUACGAUGCUUUGGUCCAGGUGUUACGUUCCAUCCCUGAUCAGGUGUACAACAUUACCAAGUCGGAAGUUUCA